GCAGUCGUCCUUUGAGUGAUCUCUUAUUUUUUUUUCUUUCACAACAAUGUCGCUGUACCCCACGAUUGAGUCGCUGACCAUGAGCAACAUGGCUCAGGCCCAGGCUGGCUUUGUCCAGAACGUCCAGGGCGCCAUCACUGCCGCCAGCCACGGUCAGCCUUCGCAAGCCAUCCUCCCGGCGGGAUCGCUCUACGCCGGCCUGUACUCGGACAUUGGCCUCGACGACUACAUGGGCAUCUCGCUCGCCCUUGCCGAGCAGCAGAACAGCAUGCAGCUCGCGCAGAACCAGCCCAAGCAGCUCGCCGAGAAAAACCCCAACAACGCGGUCGCACUCACCCAGGCGCAGGCUGGCUUCAAGCGCGCCGAGGUCAAGAACGGCGUCCGCCAGGUGUCGAUCUGCAAGGACGCUGCCGGCAAGAUUGGCAUCACCGUCCAGGCCAUCAACAAGGGCGUCUUUGUCUCGUGCGUCUGGAAGAACUCGUCCGCCGCGCUCGCCGGCAUCCGCGUCGGCGACCAAAUCAUCCAGAUUGACAGCGAGACGGUUGCCGGAUACUCGAACGACAAGAUUCUCAAGAUUUUCAAGAACGCCAACCCUGCGCGCAUUGACAUUGUCCUCCGCGACCGUCCCUUCGAGCGCACCAUCACGCUCACCAAGAACUCGACCGACCACCUCGGCUUUGUCUUCAAGAAGGGAAAGAUUACCCAGAUUGCUGCCGAGACCUCUGCUGCCCGCAACGGUCUCCUCACCGAGCACCACUUCCUCGAGGUCAACGGCGUCAACGUCAUUGGCCUGGACGACGAGGCCAUUGGUCGCGAGAUUCAUGCCGCUGGCGACAUUGUCACGCUGACCGUCAUGCCCUCGGUCAUUUUCGAAACCAUGAUGAAGAACCUGUCCACCUCCACCAUCCGCAAGUUUAUGGACCACAGCGUGCCCGACCUUUAAAAAGCAACUCGGGAGUGGGUGAACGAAUCGUGUGUUCUCCUUUCUUGUUGUGCAGUCUGGUUGUUUUCCGUUAAGUUUUGUUGUUUUUUUGGUUGGUUCGUUUGUUGAAGACCAAUACAGUAGCAUUUUUUUGCAUUGUCGUAUACAUGUAAAUACAUUUGUUUGGUCACUCUACA